AUGCAAUGGCGACGAGCUUUCACCACAUCUGUCGCCAGAUUUAACCAGAAUGCGACAGCCAGAUCUCGGGUACUGCGAUGUGCCCAGAUUCUCCAAUCGGGGAAAGAUGCACCUUGUAGGUUGGAGAACCAGGAGAUCAAGGUGAAUGGUUUUAUUCGCUCUCUUCGCAAACAGAAGAAGAUCGCUUUCGCCGGCGUCUCCGAUGGCUCCACCGUCGAAUUGGUACAGGCACUCAUGAAGCCAGAACUAGCAGCCGAUCUAUCCACAGGUUCUGCAGUUACAAUGACCGGAAUAUGGAAGGCUUCUCCACCAGGCAAAACACAGACUCAUGAGCUGGAAGUGACUGGCGUGGAAAUUGCCGGCGCAAUGGACCCAGAGACAUAUCCCAUCCAAACGAAAUACCAAGGUCCCGAUUUCUUGCGUCAGAUCCCCCAUCUGCGCUUGCGAACGCCUUUAAACUCAGUGCUUGCCCGGUUCCGCUCCGAAUGUCUAUUCCAGCUGGGCAACGUCUUCCAUUCCUACCCCAAUGGAGGCUUUGCGCAAGUGCAACCGCCGAUAAUUACAUCCUCUGACUGUGAAGGAGCUGGCGAAACAUUUACCUUGCUCCCGCGUGGUGCCGCCGCCGAUCCCGAGACCGAGCACUUCUUCCGGUCACCCAAGUACCUCACAGUAUCGUCUCAACUACAUCUCGAAGCCUAUGCUGCUGAACUUGGUAACGUCUGGACACUGACGCCAGUGUUCCGGGCGGAGAAGAGUGAUACCCCGCGCCAUUUAAGUGAAUUUUAUAUGCUGGAAGCGGAAGCCAACUUCAUGUCGGAUUUGAAUGCGCUCACCGGGCAGGUGGAAUUCCUGCUCCGUGAUUUGACACGCAGGCUGUACGAUACCACCGCUGGUCAAGAUGUCCUAUCUUUCAACCGAUCUCCUGAUGGGAAAAAGUCCGACCCCGAAGCGGAGGCGAGUCUACGUCAGAGGUGGUCGGCCUUGAUGGAUGGUCCUACAUGGCACCGUGUUACAUAUGCCAAAGCUAUUGAAAUGCUCCAGCGGGCCGUCGCUGAAGAUAGUGCCUCCUUUGAAUACCCUCCCACUUGGGAUGGAGGCCUACAGACCGAGCAUGAAAAGUAUAUUGUGGAGGUUUUGUUCCAAGGAACCCCCGUCUUCGUCACAGACUAUCCUAAAGCUGUCAAGCCCUUCUAUAUGGCUCCAUCGUGUGGCAAUGCGGAGCAGAAUAACACACCGGGAGAAACCGUUGCGUGUUUCGAUCUGCUGUUCCCGGAGGUCAGUGAGGUCGCUGGUGGCUCUCUUCGUGAGCACCGUCUGCCCAACCUCAUCAAGAACAUGCGCGAACAUGGUCUGAUCAAACCCCGAGUGUUUGACCCCGAGGAUGUGCCCACGGAGCCAUUGUACCCUCACCUCUCCCCGACCGAGGACCUCAGUCACCUCCAGUGGUAUGCCGACCUUCGACGGUGGGGCUCAGUACCUCAUGGAGGCUUUGGCCUUGGCUUUGAUCGGUUCUUGGGCUACUUGUCCGGUGUUUCCAGCGUCCGCGACGUUGUGGCAUUCCCACGGUAUUUUGGCCGAGCCGACUGCUGA